GGGCAGGGGCGGCGGCAGCCACCAGCCCGGGGGGCCCGGGCCCUUCUCCGCCGCCCGCUGACUCUGCCCGGCAGAAUCCUUCGAACGAGUGUUCCACUCACCCCACAUCACUUAACAAAGAGAAAAAAAUAUGAUCUUCUAGAGACAGCUGCGUUGGGGUUGUCAUGGCGAUUGAAUCUUCUCUCCCCGACUCUGCAAUAACCCUGACACUGUUACUAAAGUUGGGCAUAAUUUCCCCCUGAAUCGGUUCAGCCACGUAGCAGCCGAGACAGCGAAGCUUGGGCUUCCUCCCCAGGAGAAGCAGACUUUGGGGAGGCUGGGGGGUGGGAGAGAAGGCCGAGGAGCCAAGAGACCCCCCAGGUUCUCAGCAAGCUUCCCCCAGGGAUGAGUACGGGUAGGGUCAACCAUUAUAGCAUCGUGUCCUCAGAGGAAGACGGGUUGAGGUUGACCACCAUGCCAGGAGCCAAUGGCUUUGGCAACGGCAAGAUCCACACCAGGCGAAAGUGCCGCAACCGCUUCGUCAAGAAGAAUGGCCAGUGCAACGUUGAGUUUGCCAACAUGGACGACAAGCCCCAGAGAUACAUCGCGGACAUGUUCACGACCUGCGUCGACAUCCGUUGGAGGUACAUGUUGUUGAUUUUCUCUCUUGCCUUCCUGGUGUCCUGGUUGCUCUUUGGGCUGAUUUUCUGGGUCAUCGCCAUCAUGCACGGAGAUAUGGAGAGGUCCACGGGGGACGGCACCCAGCCCUGCGUCCUCAACGUGACCGGCUUCAUGGCGGCGUUCCUGUUCUCCAUCGAGACGCAGACCACCAUCGGCUAUGGCCUGCGCUGCGUGACGGAGGAGUGUCCCGUCGCUGUGUUCAUGGUGGUGGUUCAGUCCAUCGUGGGCUGCAUCAUAGACUCUUUCAUGAUCGGCGCCAUCAUGGCAAAGAUGGCCAGACCCAAGAAACGAGCCCAGACCUUGCUCUUCAGCCACAACGCGGUGGUGGCCAUGAGGGACGGGAAACUCUGCCUGAUGUGGAGGGUGGGGAACCUGAGGAAAAGUCAUAUAGUGGAGGCUCACGUGAGAGCCCAGUUAAUCAAGCCAAGGAUCACAGAGGAAGGGGAGUACAUCCCCCUCGACCAAAUCGACAUCGACGUGGGGUUUGACAAAGGCUUGGACCGCAUCUUCUUGGUGUCCCCCAUCACGAUCCUCCACGAGAUCGACGAGGAGAGCCCGCUUUUCGGGAUUAGCCGGCAGGACCUGGAGACAGAUGACUUUGAGAUUGUGGUGAUCUUGGAAGGGAUGGUGGAAGCGACCGCCAUGACCACGCAGGCCAGGAGCUCCUACCUGGCUAACGAGAUCCUGUGGGGCCACCGCUUUGAGCCGGUCUUGUUCGAGGAGAAGAACCAAUACAAGGUGGACUACUCUCACUUCCACAAAACCUACGAGGUCCCUUCCACUCCCCGCUGCAGCGCCAAGGACCUGGUGGAGAACAAAUUCUUGCUUCCGAGCACCAAUUCCUUCUGCUACGAGAAUGAGCUGGCCUUCAUGAGCCGCGACGAAGAGGAGGAGGAGGAGGAGGAGGAAGAGGAGGACGAUAGCCGGGGCCUGGAUGGCCUGAGCCCCGACAAUAGACAUGACUUUGAUAGACUUCAGGCCACGAUAGCUCUGGACCAGAGGUCGUACAGAAGGGAGUCGGAAAUCUGACCUCCGAUUGCCUGACCUUCAGGGGUGGGAUAGGGACCCGUGUUAUCUUUUCUCCUACAGUCCGCCCAGGUUUAUGCAGAACGAUGCAAGUGCCAUAGGAACGGUGGAAAAUCUAGUAGCGUUUAGUCGUUUUACGUUUCAUCGCAAUAACCGGGGACGGGUCCGUCGGGCUGGGGGGCAAGCAGCCGGGCGGCAGAGGCGACGGGAGGUUCUUCCCCAACAAAGCACGGGUGGAGUCCGAAGGGCAGCGCGCCUGGGCGGGGGGCACAGAGAGCUGGUUUUGCGCCCGGGGCUUACCCUCCCGGCCCCGUGAAGUGAGGCAGGCUGAAAGUCACGGGCUCCAGAAGGGCCCCAAAACGGUGGAAACGGACCAGGUGAGAACGGACUUCAAACCAACUUGACCCUAGCCAGGAGAUGAAGGGCUGUUGCCCACAGCCAGCAACAGAGGAGACGCUCAGCCACGCACUGGUUUUUAACGUAGGGGAGGUACCGGGUUUUUAAUUUUUCAACUUAGUGCUGUUGAGACUGUUUACAAAAGAAAUUUUUUAAUGUGAUUCGACUUUUUUUUUGGGGGGGG